CAAAUCAGGGCCUGAUUUAGACCUGGGUCACCAGGUGGGUGAUUCCCCUCUAAUCAGGGCCUGAAUUAGACCUGAGACACCAGUCAUUGUUCCCCUCUAAUCAGGGCCUGAUUUAGACCUGGGACAACAGUCAUUCUUCCCUCUAAUCAGGGCCUGAUUUAGACCUGGGUCACCAGGUGGGUGAUUCCCCUCUAAUCAGGGCCUGAAUUAGACCUGGGACACCAGGUGUGUUAUCAGGUAGAACAGUGAAACCAGCAGUAGGGUAAGAGAUCAAACCGCAUGGCAUCACUCUAAUCAUUUACCUCUCUGUCUGUCUGUCCUGUUUUUCUGUCUUUCCCUGUCUGACUGUAGGUUCUCGGGGGUUCCGCCCAGUAACCUAGGCAACAAUACCAAGUUGGUGGAUUGGAUGCCUCAAAAUGACCUGUUGGGCCAUGCCAGAACAGUAGCGUUCCUGUCCCACGGUGGUCUGAACAGUAUCUAUGAAGCGAUGUACCACGGUGUCCCUGUAGUGGGACUACCUCUGUUUGGGGACCACUACGACACUAUGACCCGGGUGGAGGCUAAAGGGAUGGGCAUCAUGGUUCACUGGAAGAGUAUGACAGAGGAGGAGCUGUACCAGGCACUGGCCACUGUUAUCAACAAUAACAAGUAUCGUCAGCGUGCCCAGGUGCUCUCUUCCAUCCAUAAGGACCAACCAGGUCACCCGGUAACAAGAGCUGUCUAUUGGAUAAACUACAUCCUCCGUCACCACGGCGCCAACCACUUACGAUCCUCUGUCUACACUGUCCCCACCUACCAGUACUUCCUAUUGGACGUUGUGCUGGUCGUAGGGGCGGGGCUGGCCCUGAUUGCCUACCUGUUUUACCGGAUAGCAGGGCUACUAAGGUCAAAGGUUAAGGUUCAGGAGCGGGGGAGAGGUUACCCACGGUCCCCGGCUACCUCGACAAGGCAACGGACAUUGCCAUAG